UUCUUAAAUUCAAGGAUUCUCUUUCUCUAGAAGGAAACAUAAUAUUUAUAGGAGAUAGAAUAUUCGUUCCUGAGAAAUUUCGCAGAAAUGUUCUUAUUGAAUUACAUUCAAGACAUCAAGGUAUCGUUAAAUCGAAAAUGUUAGCAAGAUCAAUUGUUUGGUGGCCAGGCAUUGAUAGUGAUCUAGAACGAACAGUGAAAGAAUGUAUUUUAUGUCAGUCAUACCAUCGAAAUCCUCCCUCUACCAAUACUUUAAGAUGGCCAAUUCCUGAAGAACCUUGGAGUAGAGUGCAUAUCGACUUCGCUGGACCUUUCCUUGGAAAAAUGUUUCUAAUAGGUAUUGAUGCAAAAACUAAAUAUCCUGAAAUUCAAAUAAUGCAAUCCACAGAUUCUUCUGCUACUAUUCUGGCACUUAGAUCUUGGUUUAGUCGUCAUGGCCUUCCAUUACAUGUUCAUUCUGAUAAUGGCCCUCAAUUCACAUCUCGUGAAUUCAGAAUGUUUUUAGCACAAAACGGAAUUCGUCAGACAUUCUCUCCGCCGUACCAUCCUGCAACUAAUGGAGCAGUUGAAGGAUUUAUCAAAACGUUUAAGUCGUCCUUAAAAAAAUUAAGUCGUGAAAAGGAUUUAAUGACAUCCCUCCUCCAAUUCCUUACUUCAUAUCGUACUACUCCUCACUGUUCUACUGGUAAAACACCUAGUGAAAUGCUAUUCAACAGAAAACUUCGCUCAAGACUAGAUUUGUUGCGCCCUUUAACCUUAUCGGAUAACAACGUAGUUCGUCCACAGCGUUCUUUCAUGAUAGGAGACACAAUUUUUGCUCGUGACUUUUGUUGUAAAGAAUAUUGGGUAGCUGGUAAAGUUAUUCAGAAACUUUCACCUGUUACCUAUAACAUUGAGCUUCCUAAUGGUUCCAUAUGGAAACGUCAUAUUGAUCAACUGAGAUCUCGAUCAUCUGCAUCCCUCAAACCUCAAAUCUUCAUUCGUUCCUCUUCAGCUGUGGUGGGAAGAAGAAAAUAAUCCUAUAGUUGAAAAUAUUCCCCAGAAAGACAACAUGAAAAAUUCAUCAUUAGAUACUGCCUUAACUUCAAAUUCUUCUAAUACUCAAGAGUCAAGUCGUAGACAUUGUAAAACUUCUACAUACUUACAAGCUAUGUUUGUAACUUCUCCUUAGGAGGGGAUGAUGCUAUGUAGCAGCGCCAUCUAUAGCAAUUCAAAUGUAUAUAGUUAGUAGCACGCCUGCACUCUGCAGUCAGUUCUGCAUCAUUCUGUAUUCAAUAAAGACGUGUUUGAUAUAGCUGUUC